GGAACAACGUCAUCGGGUUUGAGAAAAACAAGCUAGGUUAGUUCGUGACGCAUAUAGCUGUUGUUGGUCACAUUGUUAUUGUAGCGUUGUUAUUGCCUAAUUCGUGUAUUAUAGUUCACUAGGAUUUAAUUUUUGUGUCUUUAUCUAAUUUGCAUUUCUUUAAUUCUGAACGCAACGUCAACAAAUCGACUCCAGCUAACGCGAAAAAUACUACGGGUAAGAAUAUUUGCGUUGCCGACAUGAGAGGGGGUUCAUCUUAUGGAGACAGGGACAGAGACCGUGGACGAGACAGGCCAAGGUUUGGAGGGGGCAUGGGUGGCCGCAACGGACCACCACCCAUGAAGUUUGGUAACCCCGGUGAGCGUCUUCGCAAGAAAAGAUGGAACCUGGAUGAGCUGCCAAAGUUUGAAAAGAACUUCUACAACGAACACCCAGAGGUCCAACGAAUGAGUCAGUAUGACAUUGAAGAGAUUCGCAGGAAGAAGGAGGUCACCGUCAGAGGCUCAGGCUGCCCAAAGCCUUUAACUGCUUUCCACCAGGCACAUUUUCCUCAGUAUGUGAUGGAUGUUCUGAUGCAUCAGAACUUCAAGGAGCCCACAGCGAUCCAGUCCCAGGGUUUCCCUGUGGCCUUGAGCGGCAAGGACAUGGUGGGAAUUGCUCAGACGGGCUCUGGAAAGACACUGGCUUACCUUCUUCCAGCUAUUGUUCACAUUAAUCACCAGCCCUAUCUGGAAAGGGGGGAUGGUCCUAUAUGUCUGGUCCUCGCUCCAACUAGAGAGCUGGCCCAGCAGGUUCAGCAGGUCGCUUUCGACUACGGCAAGUCAUCCCGCAUCAAAAGCACCUGCGUCUAUGGUGGAGCACCAAAAGGGCCCCAGAUUCGUGAUCUUGAGCGUGGUGUUGAGAUCUGCAUCGCCACUCCUGGUCGUCUGAUUGACUUUUUGGAGGCGGGGAAAACCAACCUGCGCCGCUGCACCUACCUGGUGCUGGAUGAAGCUGACCGCAUGCUGGAUAUGGGUUUUGAACCGCAGAUUCGCAAAAUAGUCGAACAAAUCAGGCCUGACAGACAGACUCUCAUGUGGAGCGCAACUUGGCCAAAGGAGGUUCGUCAGCUGGCGGAGGACUUCCUGAGGGAGUACAUUCAGAUUAAUAUUGGUGCUCUGGAGCUCAGUGCCAACCACAACAUCCUGCAGAUCGUUGACGUCUGUAUGGAGACCGAGAAGGACGACAAACUUAUUCAGCUGAUGGAGGAGAUCAUGGCUGAGAAAGAGAACAAAACCAUCAUUUUUGUGGAGACCAAAAAACGAUGUGACGAUCUCACCCGGAAGAUGAGGCGUGACGGGUGGCCAGCCAUGUGUAUCCAUGGAGACAAGAGCCAACCAGAAAGAGACUGGGUACUUACAGAGUUUCGAAGCGGCAAAGCCCCGAUUCUGAUCGCUACUGACGUGGCGUCUCGUGGUCUGGACGUGGAAGACGUGAAGUUUGUCAUCAACUAUGACUAUCCCAAUUCCUCUGAGGAUUACGUGCAUCGUAUCGGGCGUACGGCUCGCAGCACCAAUAAGGGCACCGCCUACACCUUCUUCACUCCGGGAAACCUGCGACAGGCCAGAGACCUUGUCCGGGUGCUGGAGGAAGCCCGGCAAGCCAUUAAUCCCAAACUGCUCCAGCUGGUGGACUCGGGUCGAGGAGGAGGCGGCGGUGGCAGGAUGCGCUACCGUGGCAGCAACGCCAACAACCCUAACCUCAUGUACCAGGAUGAGUGCGAUCGACGCAUGCGCCCCGGCGGAGGCGGCGGCAAGGACAACCGUGGCAACUUCAACCGCGACGAAGACCGCUCCUCUUCCUACAGGGACAGAGGCCGGGAUCACAGGAACAACUACAACUCCGGUUCGGACCAGUACCAGAGCUACAACAACAACAGUGGGGGCUACAACUCUCGUGGCCCGGGUCACCCCGGCAGCGUCCAGGACCAGUCCGGACAGCCACAGGGUCAGUUCAGCCAGGGUCCUCCCAUAGCGCCACCCUCAGGCGGCCCUCAGCCUCUGAUGGCUCAGCAGUUCCCCCCACCUCAGCCCCCACUCAUGGGCUUCAUGGGGCAACCCGCUUACCCCUUCUCCUCUCCUCCUCCGGCCGCGCAGCCGCCCCAUAAACCAGGGGGUCCUUAACUCCGUUUCCACAGGAGCUUAAGCAGUGGUUUCCAGGCAGGUAAGGGCUUUUAUUUCCUGUUUCACACGUGUGACACGAGGAUCGUGGACCAUCCGGGACAGAUCUCCAUGACUGGAUCUCUGGUCGUCUCACCACUGCUGACUGAUUAGAACCAGAAAGAUGGUGUUUUUUAUUUUUGAGUCCAGCUGGGCGAGUAACGAUGAUAAACAUCAGCAGUCAUAUUCCAGCCGCCGCCUCUUGGUUCAGGUUUAGAUUCAUCUUGUUCCACUUGGACGGGUUUUUUCUUUAGAAUCGCUUUUGGAAUAAACAAGUUUGAGAGUCUCCUUUGUAGUUUAGUGAAAUCUGACCACUCUAGUUUCGUCGUCGUAGGUUUUGAUGAUCGUGGUCAUGCAUGCUUUUCCUAUUUCCUGUUGUGUAUUAAAUGCGUGUUUUAAAAAUGCUUGUUUUAUGUUAUGUUACACGAUCUUUUUAGUGUUUUCUGAAAUAAACAAUCAAGUGUU